GUUCAUCUAGGGAGAAGCCAACAGCCUUCGGGGCUGGGGAGGAUGGAGAGUGCUUUGGGGUUUUGGGUCAGGGUCUAAGGUGAUGAACUGCAGAAGCAUUAAUUACACGGUGGCCUGCUUUCUUUACUCAGUCCCUUGGGUAGAUCCCAGCACACCGAGUAAGUUCCUUUGCUGGAACUGGAAGAGGGAGUGGUCGGACCAAUCUGAGGAGGAGCCUGAGGAGGAGACAGAGAAGGAGUGCGCCCCUGAGCCUGAGGAGACUUGGGUGCUGGACACCCUGUGUGGGCUCAAGAUGAAGCUAAAGCGACAGCGAGUGUCACCCGUGCUCCCUGAGCACCCCAAGGCCUUCAGCAGUUACUUGUCUCCUUGGGUAGAUCCUGGUACGCCUAAUAUCCUUUGCUGUAAAAGGAAGAGGGAGUGGUCGGACGAAUCUGAGGAGGAGCCCGAGGAGGAGACAGAGAAGGAGCACGCCCCUGAGACUGAGGAGACCUGGGUGCUGGACACCCUGUGUGGGCUCAAGAUGAAGCUAAAGCGACGGCGGGUGUCACCCGUGCUCCCUGAGCACUAUGAGGCCUUCAACACGCUGCUUGGUAGGAGGACACCCCAGAAAGCACCUCCAAUUCUGUUCUUUUAAAAAAGAGGAAACUUCCCAUAACCAUACUUUCCAAACGGG